AUGACUACCUCAGAGCUUGCGCCGCCGUCGCCAGCGAGGAGGAAGAGGAGGUCGCGGAGACGUCGUCAAGACAAGCCCGCGAUCACAGCAAGGCUGGUUCUGGACGACCAUGAUGUGAGAGGCGACGUGGGCAUUGUGUCCGAGGACUUGUUUAUAGACCUUUUCCCCCACCUCCGUGAUGCACCCUCACGUGAAGAUGGCUCCGAUGACAUUCACCAUGUCGCAAUCGCCCCUUGGGAGCCGACCCCGUCCUCGACCGAAACCGCUUGGACGGUGGUGCCUGUAGUCAAGUCCACGGCGCUCAAACACUCGACCGUCCAAUUCUCGCCCUCGUCCUUGUCCUUGCAAAACUUUGCGACCAUUCUCCAGCAGGUUGCGCCGUCAAAGCUCUCGAGCAGUAGCCGCAGCGGCAUCGAAAUCCAGAUACUAGACAUCGUUGCGUUGUCGCUAGACACAGUAUACGUGAGCCUCGAGAGCGAGUUGACGAAGCGUUUGGAACAAGGCGAGGGUACCUUCUACCGCGACCAUCCGAGCAACGCCAACGGCAAAGGCCACGCCGCUCCAGAAACCUCCGAAGUUCGCCUCAUCUCCUCUUUGCGCGUGGCUCUGGGCAGCCUGAGGGUCCUUCACUCGGGCGACCUCUUCCCCCUCCCGUUACCCCCGCAUCCAGUCACUCAUAUCCCGCCAAACCCUGGAAAGAUCAUGUUGUGCGAGCCCGUAAGCCAGGGCAUUCUGUCCGAGAACACAAAGAUCGUCUUGAUGCGAGGGCGGGUACAAGCGAAGCGCGGCCAAGCCGCUCCUUCAAUCCCUCCGAACCGGAGCCUGAACGGCGUUCCUGAAGACGAGGAGGACGAUACCGCCAACGAUCAGUUCUUCUCGGCUGCAGAGGAUAGGUACAAGACGGAUGCUGCGAAUACCGAGAUAGACUCUGUGACUGAGACGGAGGAGUCAGAGCUUUCUGGCAUUGACCAAGACGACGAUCUCUCCGACGACUCCAUGGAUGACAUGAUCUCCUUGCAGGCGCCGACACUGCCUACGACUGCUGCGAGUGGUGUGUCUACGAUGCAGCCGGGAACCCCUAUGACGAUUGGAAGGGGGAGGAAAACCAACGGGAUUGCAACCCCUGCCUCCGUAUUUUCCAACUACACUGCAACUACCGCUCGCCCAGACCGGCCCCGGGGCCGGCUAUUUCGAGCACAGGGGCUGAUUCGAACCGUACCCGUGGACCUCCUUCACCCGAAGCCAGCGCCCGAGGACGACGACGAAGCUAGAGUUUUCGUAGACAUUGCGUCCCUAUCCAAGAUCGGUUGCUUCUCGGGAGACUGGGUACGCAUUGAGGCUGCCGAGGAACCCCCUGCCAACGGCUUUGGCGCCUUCGGACUCGGGAGCUUCACGUCGCUGGAACCGGUGGAAUCUACUUGGCGUCCCGUGAGGGUCUAUGGACUCCCCGAGGGAUACUCUCAGCGCCCAGUCACGCGGAUACCAAACACAAAGCACGGCGAGCGCAGGCUGUCGUUCUUUGACUCCCAACUCCAGAAGCCAUCCAGUCCAGCAGCCUAUAUUUCUCCAAUCUUGUUGGCCAAUCUCGACGAACCGUCGUAUCUCCGACUGUCCCCCAUCAAACGUGGAACGUAUCAAGGAAAGGGGACCCUUCCUAAAUUUACGAGCGCUUCGCGCCCUCCGUACGCCCGCGACAUCACUAUUCAGCACGUUCGGUCACCGGUGACCGCGGAACGAGCUUACCAGUCGGCGGUCCUUGGUGGUCUGAAGCGUUACUUUGCCCAGAAGAUCCGGCUUGUACGAACAGGGGAUCUCAUUGCCGUACCCAUCGACACACAACUGGGCAAAGCACUCCAAGAGCAGCCCAGUGGCAGCAACGGGUCCGAGGUGGAUGAUGUGAUGGCCCUCUCGAAAGAAGGGUCGUCAAGGUUUGAUCAAGUGGCUUGGUUCAAGGUCGGCCACAUUCAAAUUUCAAAAUCCGAUGCCGACAAUGACCAGUCCGAAGAGCUGUGGGCUCGGGUCGCAUGCAUCGACAGCUCAUCCGUCGCGAUGCACGGCUCUGGCUUCGCCACAAACCGCAUACCGGCCACCAAGUGCAACACCUGGCCUUAUUAUCUCGGGGUCAAGAAGAUGCCCACAAAAGCACCAAGCGCCUCGGCGCUGACGCUCCCUGACCAGGAUCAACGUUACAUCUCACCUCUCAGAAGGCGGCUGCGUGAAUUGCUUGCCGCUGCCACGAGUCCCAGAGCAGUACAUCUGAAGAUGCCGCCAGUUGCUGUUCUUGUUACCGCCACGCACCGCAAUAUAGGCAAAGCAACUGUCGCGUCGGAAGCUUGCGCCGAUAUUGGCCUGCACACAUACGCUAUUGACGCAUACGACAUCCUCAGUGAGGCAGGGACCAGCGGCAGCGACGUCAAGACAGAAGGCCUUCUGCGGACCAGGGCCGAAAGGGCGAUGAGCUGCGGCCCGGAAACCACGGCCCUGCUGAUCAAGCAUGUCGAGGCAUUGACAGCCGAUCGUAUGGUGUCGACCUUGAAGGAGGUUUUGCAAGAUACGAGGGUGUUGAUCGCCACCACCAGUGACGUCGACAAGGUCCCAGAUGGGGUUCGUGGUCUCUUUAGCCACGAGCUCGAGAUGGGCGCACCGGACGAAGCUGAGCGCGAAGGCAUACUGAGGGCUAUUAUUGAGGAUCGCGGUAUCAACCUCGACCCUGAAGUAGACCUCAACGGCGUGGCUCUCAAGACUGCUGCGUUGGUGGCGGGUGACCUUGUGGAUGUGGUUGACAGAGCGCUCAUCGCACAACGACUGCGGCUGGAGCAAAUCUCAUCAAAAGCAGAAGCCGCCGGCCAGGCCGUCACGGUGCGCGAUCUUCAAGUGGCCGGUGGACCGAUGGCUCGGUGCGUCACCAAGGGCGACUUCGAGGUCGCUGUGGAAGCUGCACGCAAGAACUUUGCGGGCGCCAUCGGAGCCCCCAAGAUUCCGAAUGUCACAUGGGACGACGUGGGUGGCCUGAACAACGUCAAGGAUGCCGUGACGGAGACCAUUCAGCUGCCCCUCGAGAGACCCGAGCUCUUCGCUAAGGGCAUGAAGAAGAGGUCCGGUAUUCUCUUCUACGGACCCCCCGGAACCGGGAAGACCCUGUUGGCAAAGGCGAUCGCAACGGAGUACAGCCUCAACUUCUUCAGCGUCAAGGGCCCCGAGCUACUCAACAUGUACAUUGGAGAGUCGGAAGCCAACGUUAGACGCGUCUUCCAACGCGCCCGCGACGCCCGCCCUUGCGUCGUUUUUUUCGACGAACUGGACUCUGUCGCGCCGAAGCGCGGAAACCAGGGAGACAGCGGCGGCGUCAUGGACCGCAUCGUCUCGCAGCUACUCGCCGAGCUCGACGGCAUGUCGGGCGGCGAUGACACGAGCGGCGGCGUCUUCGUCAUCGGCGCUACGAAUCGGCCGGAUCUGCUCGACCCCGCACUGCUCCGUCCCGGCCGCUUCGACAAGAUGCUCUACCUCGGCGUUUCCGACACCCACGACAAGCAACUCACGAUCCUGGAGGCCCUUACCAGAAAGUUCACCCUCCACCCCUCUGUCUCACUGCAGUCGGUGGCACAGCGGCUCCCCUUCACUUACACGGGCGCCGACUUCUAUGCCCUAUGCAGCGAUGCGAUGCUCAAGGCCGUCACGCGGCAGGCGGCGGCCGUCGACGCCAAGAUCCGCGACUUCAACGCGGACCGCGACCCGUCGCGCCCACCCAUGUCGACGGCCUACUUCUUCGACCACCACGCCACGCCUGACGACAUCGCCGUUAUGGUCACCGAGGAUGACUUCAUGAGGGCGCACGAGGAGCUCGUGCCGAGUGUGAGCGCCGGCGAGCUAGCACAUUACGAGAGUGUGAGGGCUAGCUUCGAGGGGUCGCCCGAUAAGGACAAGCAGCAGCAGCAGCAGCAACGCCCCGCGGCGGCGGGCCUCAGGGCCGUGUCUGGGUCAUCGGCCAUGUCGAGGGGUAGUUCCAAGGGCAAAGGCAAGGCUGUCUCCGCAUCGUCCAAGGGGAAGGGCAAAGCCUUGGCGUUGGACAGUGACGACGAGUACGGGUCCGAGAGUGAGGUUGCGGUGACGAAUGGCAAGGGCAAGGGGAAGGGCAAGGCCAUCGCCGGGUUUCAGGACGGGACGGCGAGCGACGAUGAGGGAUUGUACUAA